UGUGCGCGCACUUCGUGCGCCGAGUGGGGCCGGUGGAACCCAGCAGCCGGCCGCCCGCCGCCCGCUUGAGGUCCCUCUUCCUUGAAGCCAACCUUCUCGCAGCCUUCUCACCUGUGCCCAAAACCCGCCCAGCCGCGCUGGGUUAGGGCUGCAUCUACUCAAAGUUUCCUCGGCUUAGACACCUCAGAGCCGGGGUUAUCUAAGCGAACGCGGUACUGAAGUACCUUGGAGAGACUCUUACAGCACCUUUACGCCUUGGCCCCACCCAAUCCAAGCAGAGAUUAGAUUUUCCUAAUUAAGGGGAGAAGAGGGGAAGAGGUGUUUCCAGAGAAAGAGAGGAGCGGCCGCAACUGGGAAUAUCUGAUCCUUUCCUGUCUAACGCCAGAGAAGUGACUGACGUUUUUGUGGGGUUACAGAAGAAAACUGAAUAGGCAGCCAAGUUGCCUGAACAGGGACUGACUGGGAGACUUCUGGGUGCUUGAAGGUUGCCCUGGUCUCUGUUUCCACAAGCUUGAAGGUGUGGAGGCGCCUCCACUGUGAGGGCUUUUAACCGCCGUCCCCUCCUGUUUCCCUUGAAAGGAAAAGCCAGCAGAGCUGGAUCUGGGAAGUCAAGGAAAAGCCCCUGGACUUCUGUGCUUGUAUUCUUGGCUUUGGAUUUUAGGGAUCUGAAGAAUUAACAGCACCUCUAGGAAAUUCACUGAAGAUGUUUUCAAGAUGUAGAAUCCCUAUAAUUUGAAGUGUCUCAAAUGAAGGUGGAGAAUCCAUGUUGAAAUUGCUUCAUGUUGUGGAAUUGAAGAGUGCCGCUAGAAAGCUGCAUCAUGAGCUGCUUGUGCUUCUGAAGUGUCCAGUGGAUUUUUACUCAUAAGACCCUGUUAGCAGGGUUAUGAGAAGAAGCUCAGAAAGGAACCCUGCCAGGGGCCACCACCAGCAUGAGGUGCCCAGUCAUCCAAACUGGUGAAGUGAGAAAAACAGAAUUCAGCUUUCAAGGUGCAUUUCAAGCGAUUGGCUUGUGGGACUUUGAGAGAUGCUGCUGCCCGUGACAUGUUGGAAUUAUCAUGAUCAACUACUCGGUUUGGAUUUCACCCAGUGGCCAAGAGCUUUGUGUGAUAGACAGCAAGGGUUGGAUUUUUAAAAAGAGUAAACCAGGCCUGUGACCAAGGUGUAGACUAAGAAGUGGAGUCAUGCUUCACACGGCCGUAUCAUGCUGGCAGCCAUUCCUGGGUCUGGCUGUGGUGUUAAUCUUCAUGGGAUCCACCAUUGGCUGCCCUGCUCGCUGUGAGUGCUCUGCCCAGAACAAAUCUGUUAGCUGCCAUAGAAGGCGGUUGAUUGCCAUCCCAGAGGGUAUUCCCAUCGAGACCAAAAUCUUGGACCUGAGCAAAAACAGGUUGAAAAGCGUCAACCCUGAAGAAUUCAUAUCAUACCCCCUUCUAGAGGAGAUAGACUUGAGCGACAACGUCAUCGCCAAUGUGGAACCAGGAGCAUUUAACAAUCUCUUUAACCUGCGUUCCCUCCGUCUGAAAGGCAAUCGCCUGAAGUUGGUUCCUUUAGGAGUAUUCACAGGACUGUCCAACCUCACUAAGCUGGACAUUAGUGAGAAUAAGAUCGUCAUUUUACUGGACUACAUGUUUCAGGAUCUGCAUAACCUAAAGUCUCUAGAAGUAGGGGACAAUGAUUUGGUUUAUAUAUCACACAGGGCCUUCAGCGGGCUUCUCAGCUUGGAGCAGCUCACCCUGGAGAAGUGCAACCUAACAGCAGUACCAACAGAAGCCCUUUCCCACCUCCGCAGCCUCAUCAGCCUCCAUCUGAAGCAUCUGAAUAUCAACAAUAUGCCUGUGUAUGCCUUUAAAAGAUUAUUCCACCUGAAACACCUAGAGAUUGACUAUUGGCCUUUACUGGAUAUGAUGCCUGCCAAUAGCCUCUAUGGCCUCAACCUCACAUCCCUUUCCAUUACUAACACCAAUCUGUCCACUGUACCCUUCCUUGCCUUUAAACACCUGGUAUACCUGACACACCUUAACCUCUCCUACAAUCCCAUCAGCACUAUUGAAGCAGGCAUGUUCUCUGACCUUAUCCGCCUUCAAGAGCUUCAUAUAGUAGGGGCCCAGCUCCGCACCAUUGAACCCCACUCCUUCCAAGGGCUCCGCUUUCUUCGCGUGCUCAAUGUAUCUCAGAACCUGCUGGAAACUUUGGAAGAGAAUGUCUUCUCCUCCCCUAGGGCUUUGGAGGUCUUGAGCAUUAAUAACAACCCACUGGCCUGUGACUGCCGUCUCCUUUGGAUCCUGCAGCGACAGCCCACCUUACAGUUUGGUGGCCAGCAGCCCAUGUGUGCUGGCCCAGACACUAUCCGUGAGAGGUCAUUUAAGGAUUUUCACAGCACUGCCCUUUCUUUUUACUUUACCUGCAAAAAACCCAAAAUCCGUGAAAAGAAGUUGCAGCAUCUGCUAGUGGAUGAAGGGCAGACAGUCCAGUUAGAAUGCAGUGCCGAUGGAGACCCACAGCCUGCGAUUUCCUGGGUGACACCCCGAAGGCGUUUUAUCACUACCAAGUCCAAUGGAAGAGCUACUGUGCUGGGUGAUGGCACCCUAGAAAUCCGCUUUGCCCAGGAUCAGGACAGUGGGCUGUAUGUUUGCAUUGCUAGCAAUGCCGCUGGGAAUGACACCUUCACAGCCUCCUUGACUGUGAAAGGGUUUGCCUCAGACCGCUUUCUUUACGCAAACAGGACCCCUAUGUACAUGACUGACUCCAAUGACACCAUUUCCAAUGGCACCAAUGCCAAUACUUUUUCCCUGGACCUUAAAACAAUACUGGUAUCCACAGCCAUGGGCUGUUUCACAUUCCUGGGAGUGGUUUUAUUUUGUUUUCUCCUCCUCUUUGUGUGGAGCCGAGGGAAAGGCAAGCACAAAAACAGCAUUGACCUUGAGUAUGUGCCCCGAAAAAACAAUGGUGCUGUUGUGGAAGGGGAAGUGGCUGGACCCAGGAGGUUCAACAUGAAAAUGAUUUGAGGGUCUACCACUCACACUACUGUCUCUGUUAUUGUUGGUAAUCAGUAAGAGUCUGGCACAGUAAAUCACUAGGUUAAGAGGGCAGCUUUGUACAGCUGCCCCUGUGUCAAUACAGGGUCCAUGGAAAUAGGAGGACUUCUUAUGGAGCCUUUCCAUCUAGAGGCAGGCAGGCAUAUGUCAGAACCCUUCACAUGGUGGGAUACUAAUUGUUUGCAUUGCAAAUAUUGGCAUUCUGGGGAUCUCAGUAAUGAACCUGAACCUUUGGCUCAUGCUCAUGGACAAUUAUUCAGCAUUUUCUACCACUGCAAAAACAAAUGAAAAAAUAAGAACAACCUACAGUGUAGGAUUUACAUAUUAAAAAGACACAUUUGUCUAAAACAUAAUCUACAGAAAAAUUUGUAUCUAUGAUUAUCAUUUGUUAAAAGCCUUGCAUCAUACCAUAUUGUUGGUUCAGCACCAAAAAGAGAUCAAUAUAUUCUUUACUUUUUUUUAAACAUAUAUGCUGUAUAUGUUUUAAAGCAAUAUGAAUGAGAGGUUGUGCUUUUAGUUACUCACCACUAUAGAUCCAAGUGUGAUUUCACCUUCCUCUACCUACAGAUAAGCCUGAGACUAGAUCCCUGGAGUUAUGGCGGAGAUGUGUUGAGAGAUGUGUUUGUCUGAUGUAGGAUGCCAACAAACAGGACCCAAGGCAAAACUGCUCAACUCUGUUAACUUCUGUUACUAUAAAUAAAGGCAUGUGCCUAGUUUUGAUACAGAAUGGAAUAUUUUUUAUACUUGUAAUAUCACACUGGACCAGUUUACUGUAACAAUGCCCUUGCUUUCUCCACAAGGUGGUGUGCCACCAGAUGUACCUGUAAAAUGCAAGGUAGGUGUUAUUAAUGAAAAUAAUCCAUUUAACCACCCCUUGAUUUUACUUUCACCAGUCACUGCUAAUGAAUAGAAAAUGAAAGAGGAAGUAAAGAUUAUAUAAAAUCAUUGGGUAAUAUUUACCAGUAGCUGAGAUCAAUAGUUCUGUUGUUCAAAAGCUCUCUGGGUAAGGAGGUCUUUUCCAAUGCCAACAUAAACCAAGGUGAUCCAUGCAUAACAUGAUGGUCAUGCAACUAAAGAUCUGCUUAAAAUGUGAUUGCUGCGUGAAGGCUGGACUGCUACUUUAAAGGGAACAUCCAGCCACUGCCACUAUGAUGUUCUCUAUUCAAAUACCAUACACAUCACAUUACCUUGACAACUUCAGAGUUUCACCCUGCUUCCCUAACAAGUAGAUUUUCAAAAAAUAAUCUUGUGUAGACAAGAGGGAUCUGUUUAUUUUUAGAGGUGAGAAAAUACAAGAUGGAUUGGAAAACAUUUUUUUCUCCACUAAGGAAAAACUAAGAUUAUAUAUGUGAAACUGUGCUGAUUCUUUUAUUUCCUGAUCUAAGGAUAUUUGCCAGUUCAGUUGUAUUAAUGAUUGUUACUCAAAUAUUUCCGUUUUUUAAAAAUAGGAUCAUGUCAUUCCCACCAGUGAUCUAUUUAAAGGAAGUAUAGUUCCAUUUAGAUAAAUGUUGAACGAAUGACUUUCAAAACAUAUAUUCAUAGGAUCUUAGAAGCCAUUGAAUAUAGACUAUUUGUGAAAUGUCAGAUCAGUAUUAACAAAUAGGAAAUUUCCACAUUUUAAUAUUUUAAGAGGAAUCCGAAGCAAGGUCCCUGUUUGAAUUGCACGUGAGCUGGCAAAGUUCUCUAGGAUUUCCCACUUAACAUGUCAGCUGGGGGGUCUGACUUUCAAAGGUCUGGAUUUUUUUUCAGUAUUUGAAAUUUUGAGGAACUUCAAUAAAGUUAAACUGAACCCCCCACACCAAAAGUAUCAAGUUCAGAAAUUGUUUUUCCAAUUGGAUAGCAACACAGUAAUACCCAUUUCUCUUUUAAUAAAGGGUGGAAUGAGAUAGAAAGACUGAAGAAUUACCUGUUUGAGUCAUAUUUCAUUGGCUUUCCUAGUGAUCAUAAAAAAUCUUAGAAAUUCCUUUUCCAUUUGUGACAAAAAUUCCCUGACUAGAGCUAACAAUAUAAAUCAGAUUGUGGGUUCUAUCAAAAUUCAACUCUUAAAAAUCAGUGGGUCCUUUCAAAUUAAAAAAUAAUAAUAAUAAAGUGGAGGGGUAGUCUUCCAAAAGAGAAACCACUUAAUUUUAAUUUUGCAACAUUAUAUAAAGCAAAUUCUUAACAAACUAGCGCAUGCAAGCAAAAACAUUGAAAAAAUUAAUAGAAGGGCUUGUGAUUUUGACUGCUAUUUUUUUGUCAAAAGCUGACCAUAAAACACCUGAAUGAAAUAAAAUUGGAUUAAAGAUAGCCCAUCGAUGAGAAGAUUUAGAUAUUAGUCCAUUCAAAGAAGAGAAAUUGAACUCUCUCAGGGAUUUCCAUACUCUGAUCUGUAGAACAGUUACAAUAUUACUAAGCAUUCUUCCAAAAGAGUCCCAUGGACAAAGUUAGGCAAAUGAGGUCCAACAUCUAUGUAAGCCUAAUAAAUACGCUAUAAAGCUUAUAAAAAGAAUUACAUUUAAUAAUUUUUACCUGGGGUAGGGAUUAACUUAUUUGAACCUGAAGGAUUUCUUUUCCUGAUUAACUGUUAAGGUCUUCAAAACCUAGUUUCAUGGAACCCCAAAUGGUCAACAUUCCAGUACUCCAUUGAAAUAUUCCUAGGUCCAAUGUUUCUAAUAAGAGUAAAAUUACAGUUUGAAUUGGGCUUCAACUACAACAAAUAUAUAUGCCACCUGCCUAAGUGUUCAGACCAUGGAAGUACAUUGACCAAUAUUGCAGGAAAAAGGCUACUUUACUGCAUGAAGCAUUGUUGCAAUGAAUUUAUAAGUAACUGAAUGGACACUUAACUUUUCUAUAUUCUCAAUACUGGUACAAAUCUUGGGUUCCUUUUUCUGCAAAGCUCUGGCAUUCCAUUGACUGUAACUCUGGGGCUUUAUUAUCCAGCUUUACAAAGGGAUUGCAUGAUUUUUUUCCUUCAUGGCUGCUGAUUAACCCUUUGCUACAUCCUGGUAGAGAAUAAUUGCUUAGACCAGCACGUGGGCCACCUUUUCCCUUUAGAUAUUAUAUCUGAGUUAUUUUUCUUCCUAGAGGGUUUGUUUCAAAAUACUUUAUGAAGAAAUACAGUUGUUUGGCUGGGCAUUUUGUUCUAGAUUUAUCAGUACUCUAUAUGUAAGUAAGCCUUUUCAGAGAAAUAUUUACUUUCUGUACCCAUUAUAUCUAUAAAAGAAAGAAAUUCCCUGACUAGAGCCCUAAUGUUCUAAGAGACUUGACGCAUGGGCCCAAAUGUCUGACAUACAUAUUACUUAAAGUAAGAGAAGCAAGUUUGCUUACUAUGUUCUUAGUAGGGAAUUUCUACUUUUUCAAAUUCUCAUAAUACUUGCUCUUCUAGCCUAUUUUCAUCUUCAUUGCAUUUAUAAUCACAUGCUUUUCAAAUAUUCUCAAAGUGUGAAAAAUGUGAACCAGGACUCACUAAGACCUCGUACUUCCUAGUUCCUGAGGUCCUUCGUCAGAACUCUGAUUUUGCUCAACUUUCUCAGAAAAGUUGCUUACCAUCAACUCUCCAGUGGUACAAAGGCAUUCCAGGUGUGUUCUGCAGUAUUUAGGCUAUAUUAUUUUCUCAUUGUUCUGCCAAGAAUUCUUUUUCUCAGUUCUCCCAGGAUUCCAGAAGUGACAAUCUUUUGUGACUCUUUUAAAAAGGACUAUUUAAAUCUCACCUGCAUUGAAGGCUGCCUUUUGUCACUUUCCAUUAUUCAAAUAGGAAGAAAUGUAUUUUUUAUAUUAGAAAUACAAAAAAAGAAGAUGAAGUAAGUAGAGCCCCAUGUAAAUUAUCUUAUACUUCCAGGGUCUCCCUUCAUCUCUGAGUCAAGACGUUUGUUUUAUCUUCAGGGGCUGUGCUCCGAAGCUGUUCAGCAACACAGAAUGUGUCUUGAGGCUUCCUAGGAAAUGAAAAAAAGAAGAAGAAGAAGAAGAAGAUCAUUUUCAGCCUCUAAAGCUAAGCCCUGACAAAAAUAUCAGGAAUUCAAAGAGACGAUGUAAGGAGCACUGGGAUCUCUUUUACUCUAGCUCCUUUAUUGCUAAUUUUUAUAGUUAUCUUCUAAAUGAAGAAUCAGAGCUUAUGCUCUUUUUUAAACUUUCAAUGGUAGCUAUUUUUAUCCUCUAUGUCCUGGCCACCUAUACCUCACUUGAAAUUCCAAAUGGAUUUUGAGGCAUGUGAACUGGUCACAAAACCUUUAGGGCCAAAGCCAUUCAUCCUACUUGGUACUUAGGUAAAGAUCUAUCAUCUUGAUUAUUGAAAUUAACAUUCCUCAUUAGACUACUCCAUCAUGUGCCUGAUUAUUUCCAUUGAUAACUCUCCAUUGACUUUGGGAGCUCUAUUAAACUUCUUUUGGCUAAAGCCCUUGAUAUUUUCUCAUUGAAGAGUUUUGGAGUUAUUCUGCCUUUGUAUAUAAAAAAAUCUUUAAGGGAUGAAAUAUUAUUUGACUUACUGAUUUAGAAUUUCAUAUUUUGGUUAGGCAACAGAGGUGUUUUCUUGUUAUUUGGCAAACAUUUGACAUCUCUUGCUGACAAUAUCCUUUUCCCCUUCAAAGCCAUUUCCAAGAGAGCCUUCUCAUUUGUAUUCCAGCAAAGUGUAACUCCUGGGAAAAGAGUUUUGCAACAUAGUUCUGCAGGAUGAAAUGAGAGCUGGUUAGCUAUGAUCUUUAGCGAGGUUUGCCUAAUGAACACUGGAUCCAAGAGCUGUUAAGUCUAGGUUUGCAAGGUUUAGCUAAGAAAAUCAGUUGUAAAUCAACAAUGAAUGGCAGGUUUUCAAUUCUGAAGUCAGUUUUUGGAGCAGCAAAAGGAGCUGCAUAUUUUCUCAAAAUCCAUGAGGACUGGAAACUCCUUAUCUUGCGUGAGCUUUUCAACAGAUGGCCUAUGGUAACAUGUUGGCAAAAAACAACAACAAAAGACAAGAUUAAAAUGUAUGUUAAAGAUUUAUUUUUCUAAGAGGACUGGUGCUGAUGUUCUUCUUUCCAAAUAUGGAAAUCAGAUCAGGAUAAGCUUACAUGUACCCCAAUUGUCCUCUUUUAAUUUGUCAAGGUCUUUAAUACCCCUUCUCCUUCCCCACCCCCAGUUCCCUGGAAAAAGUCCUGAAUGGGAAGAAGGCAAUUAUCAGGGACUACAGUAGAUAUCCUUAUCCUUGAGAGACAGGUUCCAAGAUACUUACCAGUGAAUGCCUGAAGCCACACUAUUGAAUGCUCUCUGUAUUGUGUUUAUUUUUUCCUAUAUGUACCUGUUGACAAAAUUUAAUUUAUAAACUAGGCUCAAUAGAAGUUUAACAGUGCUAAUAAUAAAACAGAACAAUUAUAACAAUAUACUGUAAUAAAAGCUAUAGGGAUGUGCACUUUCUAUGCAUGUUCUACCACCCUACAAAUAUUCGUUCACUAUUUUCAGACCAAGGUUGACCUUGGGUAACUGAAACUAUCAAAAACCAAAACCAACCAUGGAUAAGGAGGAACCACUGUGCUAAUUCCCCAGAGAGGGGGGGGGGGAAGCUUUGUAUUCCUGUCUCUCCUGAUACCACAAUUGAAAUCAUCCUUCAUUCUCCAGCCUGCCUGCUCAACCUCCGCCACCUCUGAGCUGCUGUCAUGCCUCAUCAAUGAGUGUUCUUCUAGGGAUAAGUCUUCUUUCAUUGGUACGAGGAAAUUCUUGGGUAAUUGUUAAACUGGAAAUUGCUUUAAAAAAAAAACCCUCCAGUCUAUCUUCUAUAACACUUUAAAAGUUAAGACUUACCAUUCACAUAAUCACAAGCUGACAGCAAUCUGCAGGUUGAGUGAAUCUGAUUUUUUCUCUUCCAGAAGCAGGUGGGUUGAUAUAAUGCCAGCCUAAAAUAGAAAGAUUUAUUUAUAGCUUCAGCAGAAUGAGAAAAGAGCUGGAUUAAUCAAGAGAGUACUUCUUUUUUUUUUUUUUAAGGAAGCCUCUAUGUUUAAUAUGCUAAAUAGCCAUUAGAAGAAAACAAAAAUGCAAAUUCAUGUUCUCUAAAUUGGUUAACUAUUCUGAUUCCAAUAAAGUUCAAAUGGUAACUGUCCAUAUUGAAGAUGGAUCAAAGAUUUUGUACCAGAUCUAAUAGGGAAAAGCGAAAAAAAGCAGAAAUUUGGUUGCCUGAUAACUUUCUUCAUUUAUUGCACACCUCCUAUUCUAAAUUGCUUUAAUAUCUUUAAUCUACAUUGCAAUAUAAUCAAUACAAUCUACAAUGUAAUCAAUAAAUAACAAGCAGAUUAACUCAAACUUGCAAAAAAUUCUCUCAUCCCUUACAACCACGUAUGUCCAACAAAUACCAACUCAUACAUAUCUGACAGUGAGAGAUUGAAGCUGAAUCAUGAACGAAUUGCAUAGGUUAGAAGAAAUCAUGCUCUUUUCCUUCCCAGUUAUAAAUUCAGGUGCACCAUACAUACCUGGUCACUUCACACACAAGAUAACUGUCUUCACAUGUUUUCUCCAUAAGGUAUGGAAUGCCCCAAAUCAUAACCAAUUAAAAGGCUAUUGUUUAUAUAUACAUAUAUAAAUAUGUGGGGGAGGGUGGUUUGAUUUAAGUGUUUAAGAUGUAACUGUUUUAAAAGCUGAUAAGUUUGAGCAGGAGGAAAAGAAAAUAUGCGUGUCUGUAUUUUUCUUUAAUGUUUUUAUCAAAAUCUUAUUAUGGGAAUAUCCCAUGAUUGGAACUUUCUAACCAACAACCUAACAAAAUUUUUCUUAAAUGCCUAAUAGCUUGUUUCUGGUCUCAAAAAAAUGAGUGCUAAAGACAAAAUAUAUUGAUUUAGGAUUAUGUCUCAUUGACUGUUAUUGGGUAAUUGUUGUGGGUAUGUUGUUGGUUUUUUUUUAUUUUUUAACAUGUAAAAACAAGUUGACUUAUUAACAUGUGAAAAAGUUAGAAAACAUGUUUUCUUUGCUGAUGAAAAGGGCUUAAGCAUCUGACAUCUCAAAUUUUGGGGGGUAUUAUUAAGAAAUGAAAUGUAAUAAAAGGCAAUUGGAGUCACAUGGAACUAUUUCCUUAUUAAAAGAGAUAGGUUAUGUGAACUUCACAAGGAGCAUGAAGUUAUUUAAUUGCUUUAGUGAUUGAUGAAAUAAUCUACAACACUAUCAGAAGAGGCAGGUCCAUUGGAAUCCUGCUCUAAGUGUGGAGUGGAGACUACUCAAAGAGGAAGCAGAGGCUGGGCUAUCAGUUUCUUUAUCUGAAAAAUUACAAAAGGGUCAUGUUUUGACCUGCUGUAUAUUGAAAUCUAUGCAAUAUCAACCACAUAAUAAAGACAUUCUACUUUAGAAGAAAUAAAUCCUGUAUCACUUGCAAAUUGUCCGACUUGGAAGGGUUCAGCAAGCCAUACGUGUAACAUCAUCAUCUAUUUUUUUCUGAGUUAGCUUUCACUCUGCCAGAUUUUCAUGAUUCAAGACAUCAUGCAAAAUAGAAAGACAAAGAAUUUAAAAGAUAAAUCUUUUGUCUUCAAGCACAUUGGUAACAGGAGAAAGAGCAGGUUGUUUAAUGUUAAAGAGGGAAUGCAUUGAAAAUUUUAAAACUGCUCAUGUGCAUUCUUUCUGCUGAGAGUGAAGAUGCUUUCUCUUUCCCCUGGCUCUUAGGGAAUGGAUUUUAGGAGAUGUGCUCAGGUAGCUGUCAUCAGCUAUAGUAUCAUCUUCAGCCUCUAUGGCUCAUCUGAUACCUUCCAGUGAAGGGGGCACCAGUGGAGGAGGAAGCAGAAAGCUGACAGUAAUGGAACCUGCAAGUCAUAUUAUUAGAUGACAAGAAAGCCUGGGAUUCCCCUCCAGGCAGUGGCAAACACAUAUUCUAAAGCUGCUAGUGAGAGAUUCAGAAAAGGUUGCUUUGCUAUUCCUUAAUUGCAAAUGGAGAGCUUGCCACCAGACAGGAACUUCCUUCUCCCUGGAGAUUUCCUGGUAAUGCUGGAACCGCUAGGGCAGCAGUCACAUCUCCAACAGUGGAUUUUAAUUUUAUACCACUAAACUAGUCCAACUAAACAAUAAUUUCCCAGAAACAUAGUCUUGAAUGUGUUCUGUACACAUCUCUGCCAACUAAUAUCACAAGUUAGCCAGUCCAGGCAUCUUAACUGAUCAGGGAUAAGAUGGUCCCAAUACUGCAGGACUUGUUUUUAAACUAUGGGAAGGAAAGAAUAUAAUGAAUUCCUGUUAUUAAACAAAAGCUAAGCAUCCUUGUAACUCAGCAUCUCGCUUCUGCUUCUGUACUUAGAAAGACUUCUUGGUCGUGUGCUACUUCAAAAAUUUAAAAUCUUAUCAUAAUUUUGUGUUUUUGUUUUGAUUCUCUCAUUUUCCUCAGUCAUAAGCAUACUGCUCCAGCUAGCUGGCUGUUGUUUCUGUGUAAUUUGAUACAGUCAAAAUAAAAAUUAUGAGUUCCUACCCACUCCCUUUAAGGUGGAUAACCUUAUUGUACAGCCCUAUGUUCUUAAUUACCUCAUUGUCCAACCCAAAACACAGGGCAUGAAGAUUAAUGUGGAAUAAAGCCAAGUUAAGGCAAAGAUGGAGAAGCCUGAGUGGAAAUCCACCUAGUAUUUCUACCAUUGACUGGUGGACAAUCUGAAAACAUUGGCUUGUAGGGCUUGUCACUCUGGUGCCUUCCAUCAACCCUUAUAAAUAACUAAAUGCAAAAAUUAUGACCCUUUAUCAAAAAACAUGGGUUGAGAAAGAAAUCCCUUACGCAGGCAUUGUUUCAUUUCAUAGUACUCUGAACUGUGUAAAUCAGGACAUAUCGAUAAAUCUCUCUAAAUAAUACAAGUAUAUUAAUGCCAGAUAUACAUACACAUAUAUACUAUAUAUUACCAAGUACCAUCUGCAGAAAAGAUAAGGAAAAAGAAAUGGCAGAUGGAAAAUAAAUGGCCUAUCUGCUGCUCUGUUCAGCCACCAAUAAACUAAACACAAUUAAAUCAUCCAGAAGUCAAGGUCUGAGAUUUGAAAACCCAGCAAGAAUCUCCACGAAAAACAGCACGUACAAGAUAGGUAACUUCUUUGAAAGACCUAAAUCUUGUAUGUCAUUGCAAAAGUUAUAGUGAAUAAUUUUAUAAUUUUUAUUGUCACAUUAGGAGAUAAAUCUGUUUACCAAAUCUCUCUCUAAGGAUGAGGUAACAUUUAUGUGAACCUUUUUCUAACUGGAGUCUCACUAGUCAUGUUAUUCCUUAGCAGGAGAGAUCAAGCAUGCUAGUCCCGUUGCACAGAAGCAAUUCACUACAUCUAAUCUAUUCCUUUUGCCAUGGGCUAUUAGCUGGAUGUACAAAAGACUAAUAGGUUACAUCCAUUAUAUACAUACAGGGCUCUCAUGAAAGUUAAACAAAUACUUCUUUAAACAUACACACAGACACAAAUCCAUACUAUGGCAUCCAGAGAUUUUUAAGUCUCACAGUGUAUCAGUUCCAACACCUCACCCGGAAUAAAUUCACUGAGCACAGAACAAAUGUGUAAUGCAAAGAGAUUACCAAGUCAACUCCACCACCUUGAUUUAUAUAAGCUCUUCUAUUUUAGCAAUACCUGGAGAAGCCAGUUGCCUGUACUUCAGUGGUCUCAAGAGUUCUCCAUGGCACUACGAUAAGAAAGCUGCAGCGAGUGUUUAAUGCAGAGUUGGUUUCAAUAUAAAGCACUGUUUUCUGCCCUGAGUCUUCUGGAGUUAAAAAAAAAAAAUGGGUUCACAGAAAUGAAAAGUAACUAAAAACUGUCCCCCGGAUGGUAAGUGCAGAGAAGAGUAGUAUGUUGUUUAGGUCAUUCAAUAUCUUCAAAAUAGCAUUUGAUAAGAGCUGCAGAAUAUGAGGUUUUUCAAGUAAAUGGCAAUGAGUAAACAUAUAUGAGAGCAUUUAAUUACAGAGGAAAUAGAUGGUGCUCAUGUAGCUUGCACUGCCUCUAAUAGUGACCUUCAUGGUUUAGAUUCCAAACUGAUAAGUAAACAAAGUCUAUACUGGAAAUUAUUUUAAAUGUUUUUGUAUUUAUAUACUUUUAAAUGCUGCCAAUAUUUAGUUCAAAUAAAUACCCACGGAAAAUUCAGGAAAUUACUUAAUUCUUUCCUUCUCUGAUUAGAAAUUAUAAAGCAGAUUUCUCCAGGUUUUAUUUUUUAAAAAAAUGCAGAAAAUAUUCCACUUAUCCAAGCACAAUCUCCUUCAUUCUUUCAUUGAAUCAUGCAAGAUCUACUAAGUAUUCAUAAUCAUAGUAACAUCAAUAAAGUCAUUCUCAAAUUGUGGUUCAAACAUUAAUCUCCAUUAACUCCUUUGGUUUCCAUAUUGCUCACAAACUCUGUUUCACUCCAUCAUCCAAACCAUGUGGUUUAAAGAUGGGCCUUGGUGUCCACCUGGCCAGACGUGAGUCUGGCAUUAAGGACCUACCUGCUGUAAUGAUCCACUCUCAGGGAGUCAGAAUAGUUAUGUAUUAAAAAGACAAGAGUCUGGAGCAAGAGUCCCUAAGGCUCUGUUACUGGAUUCGUGUUUCUUUAUGGGCAAAGUACGGAACAUCUCUGCAUCCCCAUCUUUCAAAAUGACCAUAACACUACCUACCUCACAAGGGUGCUGUGAGGCUGUGGAAAGCAUGAGGGAGUGAUAUGUAGAACUGGAAACCUAUUACAAAGGUGCUACAGGAUUUAGAGUGACUCAAAAAAAAAUUGUGAGUUUGAACCCCUCUCCCCUGGGAGCCCCAGGUCAUCCAGGAUAUUUCUACUCCCUUUAUGGUUAGUCUCUAAAAUGGUAUUGUCUAUUAAUUGGUUUAUCUUCACUAUCACUGACUUCUACAAAAUUCAAAACAUAUCCUCCUCUCUUUAAAUGUUGCUAGAUUGGAAAAAUUAACUUUAACAAUGGAGAACAGACAUUAUUCGCUUCCUGGUGCUGGGGGUGGGCAACACAGUUAUUUCAAUAUGAAAUAAGAAUUUGGAUGGAUAUCUUCAAGGGGAUGCAUUUUAUUGGAGAAACUUUUGCCUAGGGCUUUCUGUUGUUUUCAGACUGACUCCCCAGCUUUCUGUACCAUUGUUUUAACAUACAUCCCCUUUUCUCUUAUCAGAAGGGAAGAUAAAAAUCUUCCUCUGUUCAUGAUGAUUAUUUUCAUUCAGUCUGCUUUGCUCAAAAGACAAAUUCUUCCCGCAACUAUUGUAAUUCUUUUCUUAGAGGGCCAUUUUUAAUUGCCAUAUUGUUUAGCUAAGCCCUAUUGUCUUGGUGUCCUUCAAAACUGUCAGUUGCUUUAAAAUACAGGGUGGGAGGGGGGCGCUGAUAAGCACAUUGUU